CCUGUCAGGCUCAGCCGCGCCAUGGCCACCGCGCUCCGGCCCCUCAGCGCCCUCAGCCGCGCCGCGCUGGAGCCCCGCGCCCGCCGCCUGCACCUCAGCGCCGCCCGGGGGGACGCCGUGGUGAUCUCGGGGAGGAAGCUGGCGCGGCAGAUCCGGCAGGAAGCGCGGCACGAGGUGCAACAGUGGGUGGCUGCCGGCAACAGGAGGCCCCACCUGAGCGUGGUGCUGGUGGGGGAGAACCCAGCCAGCCACUCCUACGUCCUCAACAAAACCAAAGCAGCGGCUGAUGUGGGGAUCAGCAGCGAGACCAUCCUCAGGCCAGCCUCCAUCACCGAGGAGGAGCUGCUGGAGCUGAUUGCCAAACUCAACAGCGACACGGCCGUGGACGGGCUCCUGGUGCAGCUUCCCCUGCCUGAGCACAUCGACGAGCGCCGGGUCUGCAACGCCGUGAGCCCGCACAAGGACGUGGACGGGUUCCACGUGCUCAACGUGGGCAGGAUGUGCCUGGACCAGGACUCCAUGCUGCCUGCCACGCCCCGGGGCGUCUGGGAGAUCAUCCAGAGAACGGGAAUCCCCACGCUGGGCAGGAAUGUGGUGGUGGCGGGCAGGUCCAAGAACGUGGGCAUGCCCAUCGCCAUGCUGCUGCACACCGACGGCCGCCACGAGCGCCCCGGAGGUGACGCCACGGUGACGAUCUCGCACCGCUACACGCCCAAGGAGCAGCUGAAGCAGCACACCAUCCGCGCCGACAUCGUGGUGGCAGCCGCAGGCAUCCCCAACCUGAUCACGGCCGACAUGAUCAAGGAGGGUGCGGCGGUGAUCGACGUGGGCAUCACCCGGGUGCAGGACCCGCUCACGGCCCAGCCCAGGCUGGUCGGGGACGUGGAUUUUGAAGGGGUGAGGAAGAAGGCGAGCUACAUCACACCGGUACCCGGCGGCGUGGGACCCAUGACGGUGGCCAUGCUGAUGAAGAACACCAUCAUCGCUGCCAAGAAACUGCUGAAACCACAGGAGCUCGAGGCUCUGCCUGCCUAAACAGAGCCGGGCUUAACGGGGGGCCCCUCAGAGCCAGGCCUAGCGAGGGGUCCCUCUGAACACCAUCAUCGCUGACAAGAAACUGGUGAAACCAGGCUCUAAACAGAGCUGGACUUAACGAGGGGUUCCUUGGAGGUGGGUUUAAUGAGGGGCCCUCAGAACCAGGCCUAGCAAGGGGCCCCUCAGAGCCAGGCUUAAUGGGGGGGCCCUUGGAGCUAGGCCUGGCAAGGGACCCUUGGAGCCAGGCUUAACAAGGGGUCCCUCAGAGCUGGGUUUAACAAGGGGCCCCUCAGAGCCAGGCCUAAGCGGGGUCCCUCAGAGCCAGGCCUAAGCGGGGCCCCUCAGAGCCAGGCCUAAGCGGGGCUCCUCAGAGCCAGGCCUAAGCACGCCAUUCUGACCGAGAGAAAAUGCCAUAUUUGUUAUUUAUUGUCUCACACGUGGGGCUUGUCCCCAUCUGAGGUCACAGGUAUUUAUUGGAGGCUUGGCUGAGCUGGGAUUAUUCAAACUCCUUCUGCUUGGUGUUUGAGCUGGGAUUAUCCAAACUCAGCUCUGGUUUUGGGCUGGGAUUACCCAAACUCCUCCUCUUGGUGUUUGAGCUGGGAUUAUCCAUGCUCCUGUCUUGUUUUGGGCUGGGAUUAUCCACACUCCUCCUGCUUGGUGUUUGAGCUGGGAUUAUUCAUGCUUCUGCUUUGUUUUUGAGCUGGGAUUAUCCAAACUCAGCUUUGUUUUUGAGCUGGGAUUACACAAACUCCUCCUGCUUUGUCUUUGAGCUGGGAUUAUCCAUGCUCCUGCCUUGUUUUUGGGCUGGGAUUACCCAAACUCCUCCUCUUGGUGUUUGAGCUGGGAUUAUCCAUGCUCCUGCCUUGUUUUUGGGCUGGGAUUAUCCACACUCCUCCUGCUUGGUGUUUGAGCUGGGAUUAUUCAUGCUUCUGCUUUGUUUUUGAGCUGGGAUUAUCCAAACUCAGCUUUGGUUUUGGGCUGGGAUUAUCCACACUCCUCCUGCUUGGUGUUUGAGCUGGGAUUAUCCACACUCCUGCUUUUUUUUUUGAGCUGGAAUUAUCCAAACUCAGCUUUGGUUUUGGGCUGGGAUUAUCCACACUCCUCCUGCUUUGUACCCAAACUCCUGGUUUUUGUUUGAGCCGGGAUUAUCCAAACUCAGCUUUGUGUUUGAGCUGGGAUUAUCCACACUCCUCCUGCUUUGUACCCAAACUCCGGGUUUUUGUUUGAGUUGGGAUUAUCCAAACUCAGUUUUGUGUUUGAGCUGGGAUUGAUGGAAUUCCCAAAGCCUGGCACUUCCAGUUCCCCCUCAGUGCUGGAUUUUAGUUUAAACUCUUCUCUAGAGAAAUUACUUGGAAAAAAAAAAAAAAAAAAAAACUAAAACUAAAAAUCAAAGCCAUACUUUAGUCCUGGGCCUGUGCAGGAGUUCAGCUAGGCCGGGCUUUUCUUGCUCUUUGAACGGGUGGGGAAUUUUGUAAAAGCCUUUUUUUGUGUCCAAAGAAGCCCUGGGGGUGGGGGGAGCUUUGCUGAGCGGUGUGUAAGGUGGGAGUACCCGGGGAGUAGCGCAGGCUGCCUGAAUAAAGCAAAAAAACCAAAUAAAAUAAAUAAAAAUAAAUAAAUUCC